CGUUCGUAGUGCGCGUGCCGAUCGCUCUCCCAAACGAAAUAUCGUGUUACAUUCUGUGAUUGUGACAGUGUUUGUGUAUUGUUGUUCGACAUUGUUACAUUGGCUGUCUCUUUUUUGUAUUUUGAUAAAAUGCCGUAACCACACCCCGGGCACCCAUCCGCGCCAUGACGCGCGCGGCUCUCCUCGCGCUGCUAUGCGUGGCACUGUGCGCUGCGCACGCGCACGCCUGCCCUUGGGCCUGCGCGUGCCGGCCGGCCGCCGCCGACUGCGCGCACCGCGGGCUUCUGCACGCGCCCAAGCGGCUGCCCACAGACGCGCAUAGACUAGACCUGCAAGGGAACAACAUCACCAUCAUUUUCCAGAGCGACUUCCAGAACAUGAAAGAUUUGAAGAUAUUACAACUAUCGGAGAACCAAAUCCACACGAUCGAACGAGACGCCUUUUUGGAGCUCAACGGCUUGGAGAGACUGAAACUGAACAAUAACCGACUGACUCAGUUAGCCGACGGUCUGUUUUUGAGGUUGAGACACCUGCAGCGGCUAGACCUAAGCAGGAACGAGCUGACCGCAAUAAGCCGGCGCACCUUCCGUGGGCUGACGGCGCUGAAGAGCCUCCAUCUUGAUGGGAACCAGCUCAAGUGUGUGGAUGAGAAGGCGCUGGAGCAUCUGAAGAGCCUUGAAGUGCUCACCCUCAAUAACAACAACCUGACGUACCUGGCCUUGGAGCCGGCCGCCAUUACCAGGCUUCACACCCUGAGGCUCACGGAUAACCCGGUGGUCUGCGACUGUAGGGUGGCGAGACUGUCUACUGCUGUGAGGGCCGCUGGGAUUCCGGGAGUUGGUGCCAGGUGUCAAGCGCCAGCAGCGCUGAAAGGUGCCCUGCUCACUGACUUGGAAGCACACGAGCUGGUCUGCAGUGGUCCAACCAACGCUAUAUCCUCAGGCGAGUGCUCCGCCGAGCCUCGCUGUCCGCCGCCUUGCCGCUGCUCGUUGGACGGGACCGUGGAUUGCAGAGAGAAGCUGCUGUCAGAACUGCCCACCACCAUCCCUCAUAGAGCCACUGAGAUCCGCCUCGAACAGAACGAGAUAACAGAAGUGGGGACAGGAGCGUUCGCAGCUGUGAAGCGGGUCACGCGCAUAGAUCUGUCUAACAAUAAGAUCACGAAGCUCGCUGCUGACGCGUUUACUGGGUUAACUCAUCUGAGCUCUUUGGUCCUGUACGGGAAUAAAAUCAAGGAACUUCCAUCUGGAAUAUUUCACGGUUUGGCGUCUCUACAACUACUAUUGCUGAAUUCAAACGAAAUAACGUGCGUCAGGAAAGACACGUUUAGAGACUUGCAGAAUCUGAAAUUAUUAUCGCUGUACGAUAAUAACAUCAGGUCUCUAUCAAAUGGCACUUUUGAUGCUUUGACUGGGAUACAAACGCUCCACCUAGGCCGCAACCCGUUCUCCUGCGACUGUUCACUGCGCUGGUUAGCAGCGUACUUACGCAAGAAUCCGAUCGAGACGUCGGGCGCCAAGUGCGACGCGCCGAAGAGAAUGAGUAGGAAACGUAUCGACGCGCUGAGGGAAGAGAACUUUAAGUGCAAACCGGGCGAGGAGGCCGCCAACGCAUGCGGCGUGUCGGGCGCGUGCCCGGCGGCGUGCGCGUGCGAGUACGGCGCGCGCUCCGUCAGCGUCACGAGGGCGCUACUAUCAAUGCUGGGUCCGGGCGAGGAAGCCGCCAACGCGUGUGGCGUGUCAGGCGCGUGCCCGGCAGCGUGCGCGUGCGAGUACGGCGCGCGCUCCGUCAGCGUCACGUGCGCGCGCGCGUCGCUUAGCGAAGUGCCUAAGGACCUGCCGCUUAACACUGAUGCCCUACUGAUGUCCGACAACGCUUUAGGGCAGAUCAAGUCGGACGGCCUGUUCGGCAGGCUGCCGGACCUCACUAAACUGGACUUCAGGAAUAACGGCAUAACAGUAAUCGAAGACAACGCGUUCGACGGCGCUGCCAACAUACAGGAACUGCUGCUUGAUGGCAACCUGCUGCAGACUGUCACUGACAAGAUGUUCUUCGGGCUGCACAGCUUGACAGUGCUAUCAUUGGGAGAAAACAAAAUCAAAUGCAUCACACCGGGGGCGUUCGAUCAUCUGACCAUGCUGUCUACUCUGAACCUAGAGCACAACCCAUUGGAGUGUACUUGUCACAUCUCCUGGUUGUCGACCUGGCUGCGGUCACGUCGCCUGGCUCCGACAGCCACAUGCGGAGCGCCGUCAACGCUACGGGACGCUAAUUUACAUCACUUGGAACUGAGCGACUUUAAGUGCUCGCCGGAAGACAAGGGCUGCCUCGCACCGGACUAUUGUCCUUCAGCUUGCGUCUGCACCGGCACCGUCGUCCGCUGCUCGCGCGCUCAGCUAACAGCCCUGCCAGCUAAUAUACCGAGACAGACCACCGAGCUGUACCUAGAAUCCAACAAAAUAACAACAAUCACCUCGGACCAGAUCCGUCACCUGUCGCAGCUCACGCGCCUUGAUCUAUCAAACAACCAGAUCAGUGUGCUCGCAAACGACACCUUUGAAGGGUUGACUAAACUGGCUACCCUGAUUGUGAGCUAUAACCAGCUGAGAUGCGUACAGCGCGACGCCCUGCGAGGCUUGACGCAGCUCCGCGUGCUAUCUCUUCAUGGAAACAAUAUCUCCACGCUAGCCGACGGAGUGUUCAGGGACUUGGAAUCCAUUUCGCACGUAGCGCUGGGUUCGAACCCUCUCUACUGUGAUUGCGGCGCUCGCUGGCUAUCAGAAUGGGUAAAGACUGCGGGCGAAUACGUCGAACCAGGCAUCGCGCGAUGCGCUGGUCCACCGCCUAUGCGAGAUAAGCUGGUGCUUAGUACGCAGACCUCGGCAUUCGUAUGCAAGGGCAAACCACCGUCCGAAGUGGUCUCCAAAUGCGACCGCUGCCACAACAACCCGUGCCGCAACGGCGGCGCUUGCUCCGCCACCAGCAGCGGCGGCUUCGAGUGUGCUUGUGCUCGGGGCUUCCACGGCGACGCCUGCCAGCACGAGAUAGAUGCGUGCUACGGGGCCCCGUGCGCUCAUGGACAAUGCCAGUUGUUGGAGGAAGGAAGAUUUCAUUGCUCCUGCCAGCCAGGCUACACAGGAGUGCGGUGCGAAGCGAACAUCGACGACUGCGCGGCGCAUCGCUGCCAGAACAACGCGACUUGUGUGGACAGACUGGAGGGAUACUCGUGUAAAUGCGCGCCGGGGUAUAUGGGCGAAUUCUGCGAGAAGAAGAUACCCUUCUGCACAGCAGAGUUCAACCCGUGCGCCAACGGAGCGGUGUGCAGCGACCACACCAGCCACUACACCUGCGCGUGUCCCAAGGGCUACUCGGGACAGAACUGCACGGUCAAUGCCGACGACUGCAUCAACCACAUGUGCCAGAACGGCGCAACCUGCGUAGACGGCCUCGACGAGUACAAGUGCGCGUGCGCCGCGGGCUACGCCGGGAGGUACUGCGAGGCUGCGCCCCACGCCGCGCUUGGGACUUCGCCCUGUGCCCACCACGACUGUUUACAUGGCGUGUGCUACCUGCCUCGACCACAGCAGGAUGACAUGCUAAUGGACCGGCCUUCACUAGCUGGCGACUACUUGUGCAAGUGCGCGCCAGGUUACUCAGGCCGCUUCUGCGAGUACCUGACGUCGCUGACGUUCAGCCACAACGAUUCCUGGGUGGAGUUAGAACCUCUGCGCACUAUGCCGCAAGCAAACGUUACUUUACUGUUCAGUACGACCCAAAAGCACGGCGUACUGAUGUACUUCGGCGACAAUGAGCAUUUAGGAGUUGAGCUAUUCAACGGCCGCCUGCGCGUCAGCUAUGACGUGGGGAACCAUCCCACUUCUACUAUGUACAGUUUCGAGAUGGUGUCCGACGGCAACUACCAUAAAGCCGAGCUGUUGGCCGUCAAGAAGAACUUCACGCUUCGAGUGGACGACGGGCCCGCGCGCUCCAUCAUCAAUGAAGGCAGCAAGGAGUACCUUCGACUAGAGAACGCAAUGUAUCUAGGCGGGCUGCCCGACGACGCUGCUAAGGUCGCCUUCGGGCGCUGGCACCUCAGAAACGUUACCAGCUUCAAAGGCUGCCUAAAAGAAGCGUGGAUCAACCACAAGCGCGUGGACUUCAGCAACGCGGUCCGCAUGCAGCGGCCGGCGGCGGGCUGUGGCGAUGAUGAGCCGCCAGCGCCCCAACCUGCGCCGUCUGUGCAAGAUGAUGGACAGAGGCAUAGCCAGCGCGUGGACUUCAGCAACGCGGUCCGCAUGCAGCGGCCGGCGGCGGGCUGCGGCGACGACGAGCCGCCCGCUCCACAACCCGCGCCGUCUGUGCAAGAUGACGGACAGAGGCAUAGCCAGGACCCAUGCGUCCCCAAUCCCUGUGCGCGCGGCGGCCGCUGCGUGAGAGAAGAAGGCUCGCCGUCCGACUACACGUGCCGCUGUCGCGCUGGAACCGCGGGCCCGCAGUGCGAGCUCAGGGCUUCUAUUGGAGGCGCCCCCGUGAUCACGCAAAGCAAGCUGCCGGUCAGGAAGCCGCAGUCCUCAAUCAUCAGCAAUGUGCAGGCUUCUCCAGCGGCGCCGGCGCACAAACAGCAGUUACCAGCCGAGCAUGCCCCAUCGCCCUCAACGCCAGCUAGCGGAGGAUGUAGAAAGGAGGCGACGCGCGAGUUCAUAUCGGAAGGCAAGUGCCGCAGCCGGCGCGCGGUGCGUGGCGCGCGUUGCGCGAGCGCGAAAGGAGCGUGCGCGCGCGCGCACUGCUGCGCGCCCAGGAAGACUAAGAAGAGGAAGAUCCGGCUAGUGUGCGCAGACGGCACGCGGUACACCAAAGAGAUAGAGAUUGUGCGCAAGUGCGCGUGCGGCAAGAAGUGCCCGAGAAGCUCGCCCUUCCUGCUCUAGGAUACUUACCAUACCCCCAUGGAACCCCAUACAGCUCAGAACCCCACACUCCUCCAUGGAAUCUUAUACACAACUGACAUCGUAAAAAACCGCAUUAGAAACGGUUCAGCCGUUUAAGAGGUACGGUGUCGCCACCCAUACACCUCCAUAGAACCUCAUACAAAAAACUGCAUCCAAAUCAAUUGAGCCUUUUAAGAGCUACGGUGUCGCCACUUAUACACCUCCAUGGAACCCCAUACACCAUGGAUAUCAUGAAAUCCGCAUCCAAUUCGGUUCAGCCGUUUAAGAGCUACGGUGUCACAAAACACACACAGCGAUCAAACAUAUUGUAACAUCUUUGCGUAGGAGUGAAGCCAGCCAUUAAAAAACCGCAACCAAAUCGGUUCAUCACUUUAAGAGCUGUGGUGCCACAUGCUUCUUUUUGCGUUCUGUGGAUUAUAUCUAUUUGUCUCUGUUUUGGAGACUAUAUUUCAAAUAUUUUUUUUAGAAAUGGCAAAAUGAUUACUUCUAAAUGCCACCUUGCCAUUAUUUUUUUAGUAGAAAAUCAUAUUACCAUUCAUUAUUUUAUUGAUCUAAUAAUGAUGUUUACAAGUGGCCAUAUAAUAUUUAAUUUAGUCAUUAUCACAAGUCAUAAUCCAUAAUCUUCUACGUCUCAAAAUCUAAAACCCUACUCAUGUAUUGCCAUACUUCAAAAUCUCUUCAAAAACCUACCAUAAUGGUAGUUUCCCACAAAACAGGGCCUAAACCAACGAGUUGCCAUAGACAAUAAUUUUGACCCCUUAUCUCUGCUUUUGGACAGUUUUAAAUUUACACUUAAGCUAAGAAUAUUGUAGAAGACCAUAAUUUUAACGAAUUUACUGUACGAAAAAUAAGUAAUACAAAAUGUAGUCGUGGCCUAAGAAACAUAGAUGUUUUAACAUUUUUCUAAAGCUGAUAUAAAACCUUCAGUUCUUUAAAACACUGAUUUUAUAUUGAAGUAAUUUUUAGUCAAAAACGUCUGAUUUUAAAAUACUUAUAUUUUAUGCAACCUACUUACAAAGUCCAGCAUUUUAUUAACAUUUUGUAUGAAACCUAGCACCUACGGAAUAUUUAGUCCUAAAAUAUACCUUUUAGUAUAAAUUUGUAUACUUAAAACUUUCAUACUCAGAUAUUUAAGAACAAAAAGUAUUGCAUUUAUCGUUUUUUUCUAAGACGCUAUUUAAAAUAAACCUUUUUUGUUUUAUUACAAAAAUAUGUGUUCAAUUUUGUAAUUAUUAAUUAAUUAUAUAAAAUAUUUAUUUUUACUUCUAGUUGUUUAAUAUUUAGUAUUAUUGAUGUAGAAUGAUAAUAAUAUUUUAGAAUAAGUUAUGAAAUGAAAUAGGAUCAGUUUUAUCAUGAGUCGAAAUUACUUUUUAUAAAGUUUAUUCAGAAGUUAUUCUGCCUAAAAUAUCUAAGUUUUUUUCAAUAUCUUUUUAUUGUGAUUUGUACUUCAGUAAUCUUGCCAUCUUUACAUUUAAGACGCUAAUUUAAUGUGACACUUUUGUAAUAUAAUGUAUUGUAUUUAUUGCCCUUACGUUGCUACACCGCUUUAGGCGUUAUUGUAAAUUUUUAGACGUAAGACUAAUUUUAAGAAUACAUUAAUAUGCAUUCCGUAUUUAUUCACUACCAAAAUGGUAGAAUUUCUGAACAUGGUAACACUGGACAACGCAACUGACGACCUAAUACAUUUUAUAGGAAAUAUUCCUUGUAGUAAAUGCAGUUAAAUUAAAUACUAAAGUCCGGUCGCCGAGCACGUAGAAGUCGCACAGUCGCUGCGGCCGCCCGUCGCACAGUCGCGACAGCAAUAUAAUUACACGCGAGCAAUAAGGAUGGGUAGCUUGGGGUCUUUGGACGAAAUACUACGUGCUCGGCGACCGGACUAUACACAUUUUAGGAAUUUCUGAAAAUAGAGUGAUUUAUAUUAUUAUCAGUAUUAAAGAUAUUUAAUUUUAAUUUAGGGAAAUCUAUCAGAAAUCUGCCAUAGUCACUGCCAUUGAGGAUCUUACUAAUGUUGCCACAUCAAAUAAUGAGAUUUUUUUGGUAGAUUUUUCUUAAAUUGUUAUUUUAAGUGCUAAGGACAGUGGAUGCGUUAAUGUACCUUGUAUAAGCUUUAAGUUCUGUGAGAUAAGACUGUUUCUAGUAUUUCGUAUGUUUUAUUUUAUUAAAAUUUACUUUAUAAUGGAAAUGGUCUUAUUAGGUGAAUGUGUCGCGGGUGUCAGGCAUUGCAUGCGCUUCUUAUUAAUAAAUAACGAUAAUAAUUAUUGUCUAUGACCUUUAUAAUUUAUUUGAUGUAAUAAAAGAUGAUGUUAGAUA